GACAAAGCCAAGUUAGAUAAAUUUCAGUCACUGAUGUUAACGCCAUCGUUAGAUUUGGACGAGUUGAAAAAGUUAAGUUGGUCUGGGGUGCCCUCGAAAUUUCGACCUAUUGUUUGGAAGUUGUUAUGUGGCUACCUCCCAGCUGCCCAGGACCGACAGGGAAUAAUUUUGGAUAAGAAACGACAAGAGUACCACAACUAUCUGGAACAGUACUACAGCACCAGGCACCAGGAAAUACACCAGGAAACGCAUAGACAAAUACAGAUAGACCUACCUCGCAUGUGUCCAUCCAUUCCUCUCUUCCAACAAGAAACUGUUCAACAGAUAUUCGAACGAGUGUUGUACAUAUGGGCUAUCCGACAUCCGGCCAGUGGCUACGUUCAGGGUAUGAAUGACCUCAUGACCCCAUUCUUUGUGGUCUUUCUCAAUGAAUAUAUCAGCUCCACAAUAGAUACAUUCAAAGUGGAUACACUAUCUAGAAGUGAUCUCCAGAAGUUAGAGGCGGAUUGUUACUGGUGCCUGUCCAAACUUUUGGACGGCAUUCAGGAUAACUACACCUUUGCUCAGCCUGGGAUACAAACAAGGAUCAAUCAACUGAAGGAUCUCGUUAGCAGGAUUGAUGCCACACUGCAGCGCCAUCUGGAGCAGCAUCGCGUCGAGUACAUCCAGUUCACUUUCAGAUGGAUGAACAACCUGCUGAUGCGUGAACUUCCUCUUAGGUGCAUCGUCAGACUCUGGGAUACAUAUCUUUCAGAGCAGGAUGGCUUUGCAUCAUUCCAUUUGUACGUCUGUGCUGCUUUUCUGACAAAGUUCUCCACGCAAUUGCAACGAGAGAGAGAUUUCCACAGUCUGAUGAUGUUACUACAAAACCUUCCUACACAGCAUUGGAAUGACGAGGAGGUAACCAUGAUUCUGGCAGAAGCUUACAAACUUAAAUUUUCCUUUUCCGGGGCUCCGAGACAUUUU